AUGAGAAAAAUUAUAUAUAGAUUUUCAAGGCCUACUUAUCUUGAUUUUUAAGCAACAACUCCUACAGAUUAUAGAGUUUUGGAUGCUAUGUUACCCUAUCUAACAAAUCAAUUUGGAAAUCCUCACAGUAAAACACAUUCAUAUGGAUGGGAAACUGAAAAGGCAGUGGAAAAAGCACGAGCUUAAGUAAGAUUUAUAAUUUAUUGAAUAGAUAGCUAGUUUAAUUAAUACUUAACCUUAAAGUAUCAUUUUUACUUCAGGUGCCACAGAAAGUAACAAUGCUGCAUUAAAGGGUUUAUAUGGAUUUUAUGGAAAAUAGAAGAAUCAUAUAAUUACCACAUAAACUGAGCAUAAAUGUGUUUUAGAUACUUGUAGAUAUUUAGAGGAUAAAGGAGUAGAAGUAACAUAUUUACCAGUUGAUUGUAAUGGUUUGAUUUCAUUGAAAUAAUUAUAAGAAUCAAUAAAAUCAAAUACAUUAUGUGUAAGUGUAAUGCUUGUAAAUAAUGAAAUUGGAGUAAUUUAAAACUUAAAAGAAAUAAGCAAAAUAUGUCAUGAACAUGGAGUGUAUGUUCAUUCUGAUAUGGCAUAGGGAAUUGCAAAAAUACCAGUUGAUGUUUAAGAUUUAGAUAUAGAUUUAGGUAGUAUUUCAGGUCAUAAAAUUUAUGGACCAAAAGGGAUAGGAGCAUUAUAUGUUAGAAGAAAACCUAGAGUUAGAUUAUAAUAAAUAAUUCAUGGAGGAGGUUAAGAAAGAGGUUUAAGAAGUGGUACUUUGGCACCUCAUUUAUGUGUGGGAUUUGGUAAGGCUGCUGAGAUUGCAUAGAAUGAAUUAUCAUAUGAUAUAUAGCAUAUUGAUAAAUUAUACAAUAAACUUAUAAUAGGAAUAAAAGAAAAGAUUCCUUAAAUAUAAAUAAAUGGAUCAUUAGAACAUCGUUACAAAGGAAAUUUAAAUGUUUCAUUUGCAUUUGUUGAAGGUGAAUCUUUAAUAAUGGCAAUCAAAUAAGUAGCUGUGUCAUCUGGAUCUGCUUGUACAUCUGCUUCUUUGGAACCUUCGUAUGUUUUAAGAGCAUUAGGAGUUUAAGAAGAUAUGGCUCAUACUAGUUUAAGAAUUGGUAUUGGGUAUUUUAAUUAUUAUAUAUAUAUAUAUUUAUAGACGAUUUACUACGGAAAAAGAAAUUGAUUUUUUAAUUUAUUAAUUGAGUUAAGCUGUUAAAAAAUUGAGGGAAAUGUCUCCUUUAUGGGAAAUGCAUUAAGAUGGAAUUGAUAUUAAUAAAAUUGAAUGGACUUAACCACAUUGA